AUGGCAGAAACAAAGAAGCACGAGCUGAAAGAUCAGCCAGACAAGAAAAGAGUCAAGAGACGGAGAAACUACGACGACUACGACAAAGAGGUCGCGGCUGAAGACUCCAAGGCCAAGAAGGAAAACAAGGGCACGGGCGACAACGGCAGCGAGAGUGAAAGCGAAGACGAUGAGAAGCUAGAUAUGAUGCUGAACAAAGAAGACGAAGAAGAGGACGACCUGGCCGAAAUCGACAGCUCGAACAUCAUACAAGGUGGUCGCCGCACUAGAGGGAAGGUCAUUGAUUACAAAAAGACUGCUGAAGCUCUGGACAAAGAAAGCGGGAAAGCCUCUGAAGAGCCAAAGGAAGAGCUCGCCCAGAAAGACGUGGCCAAAAAGUCGGAAACCGCGGAGGAGGACGAGGAUGCCGAGGACGCGGAUUUCAAGGAACCCGAGAAGUAG